AUGUCGAACAAAGAAGGUACCUCGUGGAUCCAAACCCUGAACAAGGAGGCCUUGAUAGAAGAAUUGGGGAAACGCGGCAUAGUGUUGGAAGGAAGUACAAAUUUCAACGACUUGCGCGAAUCGUUGCGUAACAUAGUCAAGAAAGAGUUACGCAAAGCUAGUGAAAAAAGUGAGGAAGACGGCAACAGUGAAAAGAAAGUCGAAGCACAGCAAGACGCUCGCGACAUUCCCAGCGAUAGUUCGAGCGGGGCUAGCAAAGAUAGUGCGGUUAUAGCCAUGUCGGACGGAGUGAAACUAAAUUUCACAUUGAAUAAGGAUGAUUGGGAGACGUACGUGGAACGCCUCGAAAUGUAUUUCAUCGCGCACGACGUCAAAGCAGAGAAGAAGGCAGCACAGUUGUUGACAAGACUGGAUGAAGAUGCUUUCAAGUUGGUCAAGCAGUUGGUAGCACCAGACCGGGUGGCAACUAAGACAUAUGCAGACCUAAUUAAAACAAUGAGUGAUUACCUUGCGCCAAAGCCGUCAGAGGUCAUGGAACGGUGUAAGUUUAAUUUGGCAAAACAAGAAACCAAUGAAAGCGUUGCCGACUUCACGGCAAAAUUAAAAAAAUUAAGUUUAUAUUGUAAUUUUGCUGACAUAAAAAUGGCACUCAGAGAUCAAUUUGUAUGUGGUCUAAGAAGCUAUAAUACAAAAAUUGCGCUGUUCAAAAUGGAAAACUUAGACUACGACAAUGCGGUGAAAGAAGCGGUCGCCAGAGAAGCGGCAGAAAAGAAUGCAUCAAAUUCCUUAAAUGUAUUGGAACAUAAAACAGAAAAAAGUGAUGUUUUCUCACUACGGAGCGCAAAUAAAGUAUUGAAAUGGGAUAAGAAAGCCGAGGGUCACGAAUAUAAUAAGCGCAGGAAUGCAGAGGGGAAUAAUACACAGCAGUGGAGAGACCAAAGUGACAACAUAGUCUGUUAUUGUUGUGGUAGAAGAAACCACAUCAGCAAGGAAUGUCGUUUCCGGGACUACAAGUGUCGCGAUUGUGGCAGGAAGGGUCACUUACAGAGGGCAUGCAGGAGGAAGGACAACGGUCAGGAUCAACAUCAGGUGAAACUACUAGAGGACGACGAGCGGCAGGAGUCAACAACGACGGCAGAGGAGUCAACACAUAGGAACAAUUUCUUCAAGAUGAAGAUCGAGAGUCGUGUUAACAAGGAUUGUGUGUGGUAUGAAGGUAGCAAAGGCGAUGCGGAGCCUAUGUUCUUGGACGUACGCGUGAAUAGUAAACAAAUACGCAUGGAGAUUGACACCGGAACGUUUGCGACAGUAACGUCGGAGUUAGGAUAUGACAAAUUUUUCAAAGGACUUAAAAUUGAAAAAACCGCUAACAGAUUAAGAACGUACGAUAACAGUAUUUUGAACCCAGUCGGAAAAGUAGUAAACGUACAAAUAGAAUUCAACGGAAAAAAAGAUAGAGCUGAUUUGUUUGUUUUGGAAGGCUCAGGACCGACUUUAAUCGGGAGACAAUGGUUAAACAAAUUGGGAUUGUGGCCUUUAAAAUUAAAUGAAAAUUUUGGAGUUAAAUUAAACAAAAUUGAAGUAGAGAACGUAUCAAAAAUUCUUUUCGAAAAGUUUCAGUUAUUAUUUAGCGACACGCCAGGUCAAUACAAUAAAAGUAAAACAAAGCUGCACUUGAGAGAGGGCGCGCACCCCGUAGCGUUGAAAUGUAAUAGCGUAGCGCAUGCGUUAAAGCCCCUAGUUGAGAACGAACUUGAUAGACUAUUAGAGCUCGGACAUAUUGAGCCAGUAGAAAUUAGCGAAUGGGCAACCCCGAUCAUCCCAGUCUUCAAAAGUAAUAACAGUAUUAGGCUAUGCGGAAACUUUAAGCUCACACUGAAUCCAUUUUUGAUUAUGGAUAAGUACCCGCUGCAUACGAUAGAUGAGAUUUUUUCAAGUCUACAAGGAGGCGCAUUAUUUUCAGAGUUAGAUUUAAAGCACGCGUACAUGCAAUUCCCAGUUGCCGAGGAAUGUAGACAAUACCUCACGAUAAUAACACACAAAGGUCUUUUUAGAUACAAGAAUAUUCCAGAAGGCGUAUCACCCGCGCCGGCAGAUGUACAAAGAAAAAUGGAUGAAUGUCUGAGAGGGAUUAAUAGCGUAAUUACAUAUAUCGAUAAUGUUUAUGUCACGGGAAAAACGGAAGAAGAGCAUAUGGCAAAUUUGCUAUUAGUAUGCAAACGCUUACAAGAAUGCGGCUUAAGAGUGAACAAACACAAAAGUAAAUUUUUUCAGAACAAAAUUGAAAUUUUAGGUUUCGUAAUCGACAGAAAUGGAUUGCAUAAAGCAAAAUCUAAAGUAGACGCUAUUGUUAACGCACCUAAACCGUCAAAUCAGAAGGAACUUAGUUCGUUUUUGGGCCUUGCAGUUUUUUAUGAUAGAUUUUUGAGUAACAGGUCGCUAAACCUGAAACCGCUGUACGAUUUACAAAAUAGUGUUAAAUUUAAUUGGAAUGCUGAGUGUGAUAAGGCAUUUGAAUGGGUCAAGAACGAAUUAAUUUCUCCCAGAGUAUUAGCGCAUUAUGACCAGAAAGAAAAAUUACUGUUAGCAUGCGAUGCAUCGGAUUAUGGAAUUAGCGCUAUACUUUCUCAUAGAUACGCGGACGGUUCAGAAAGACCAAUAGCUUUUGCCUCCAAGCGCAUAGCAAAAAAAGAAUUGAAUCGUACAAUUUUAGACAAGGAAGCAAUGGCAAUAGUUUUCGGUUUCAAGAGAUUUUUUCAAUAUGUGUUCGGUAAAACGAUUAUUUUGAGAACAGAUAAUAAAGCGUUGCAAUAUAUAUUAGGACCAAGAAAAGGUAUCCCAGUUACGGCCGACAAUCGUCUUCAGAGAUACACAUAUUACUUAUCAGGUUUUCGUUACACAAUCGAACAUGUAAAUUCAAAAGCGAACGCAAAUUGCGAUGCGUUAUCGAGAUUACCGAUUGCAGAUGCUGAAAGCGACCAAAUUUUUCGCGAACUGGAAACAGAAUUUUCGUACGUUAAUUUUUUUGAAGAAGGUAUGAAAACGCUAGAUUAUAAAAUGCUAGCUGAAGAAAGCAAGAAAGAUAAAUCAAUAAGUCAAAUAAUUAAGUAUGUAAUGAGCGAUUGGCCAAAUGAGAAAGACUUAGCGGAUGCAAACAAAUGUUUUUAUUCAAAGAGAUCGGAAUUAACAGUCGAUAAAGGGUGUUUAUUUUGGGGCUUAAGAGCGGCCAUUCCAACAGAUAUGCAAAAACUGAUAUUAAAUGAGUUACACGCUACUCAUUUGGGUAUCGUAAAAAUCAAAAUGCUUGCUCGGUCUUAUGUUUGGUGGCCAACAAUUAACUCAGAUAUUGAAUCGUUGGUAAAAGAAUGCAAAAUUUGCUUGAUUGAACGAAAAAAGCCGCCGAAUACACCUUUGACUACAUGGCCUUGGCCUACCAAGGCAUGGAGCCGUAUACAUUGCGAUUUCGCAAAAUUUUACGGAAACAUGUACCUUAUAAUCGUAGACGCGCACUCUAAAUGGCCCGAAAUCAUAAAUUUUCAAAAUAAUACAAAAGCGUACAAACUAAUAGAGAUUUUUAAAGGUUUAUUUGCGCGGUACGGAUUACCAUUGCAUUGUGUAACGGAUGGAGGACCUCAAUUCAGAAGCGAAGAAUUUCACGAGUUUUUGACUCGAAACGGAGUAAAACAUACGUAUUCACCGCCGUACCACCCAGCAACAAACGGAGCCGCGGAAAAUUUCAUUCAGACGUUUAAGGACAAGGUCCAUAAAAUUAUUAAAGGAGGAGAGAGAUUAGAUACAGCGGUUUACAUGUUCCUGUUUGACUACCGCAGUAUUGAGCACUGCACUACCAGAAGAAGCCCAGCGUUUCUAAUGUACAAUCGGGAGUUGAGGACGCGAUUUGAUCUACUGAAACCGAAUGUAUUGAGCGCGGUAGACGAUAGACAGCGCGCACAAAUCGUAGGCAGAAAGGGCGGACGACAAAUUGAUCUACAGGUCGACGACGAUGUGCUUAUUAACGAAUAUGGUAGGAAUACUGAAAAGCGCGGCCUCGGUAAAAUUGUAAAAAAGACUUCGCCAUCGACGUACGCGGUGCUAACAAAAAAUGAAGUAGUGAAAAAAAGACAUGUAGAUCAAAUUGUUAAGGGUAAGCCUAACGACAAGGUUUUGCGUAGAUCUCCGCGCCUUGAUAAGCCCUAG